AUGCGUUUAGUUCAAACAAGCCCAGAAAAAGGCCAAAAAUUAUCUGAUGCUUUGGCCCAAGCACACGAAAAGUAUGGAGGAUUGCCUGCUUUUCGUAGAAGUGAACAACAAUUCUCUCCUGGGAGUGUCAGUCUGGGAAGCUAUGCUGGAGUAAGCGAUCCAUACCAGCGGCGAUCUUCUUUUGGGAUUGAAGUAGAUACUUCACCAACUUCUCUCCCUCCAAUAAAUAAUCGUCUUUCUUGGUCAUCUCGUAAUGUAGAUUGGAGAGGUGAUUCUGCAGAAUUACGUUCUCGUCCCGAACUUGCAGAUGUUCGUCAUGCAAGUGUUGAACGUGGUAUUGAUGGUAAUCUCCCUCCAGGAAUGCCUGUUCCCUCACCAACUGCUGUUAUUGGCCAAACAGGAACAGAUUUUCAUCGAGAUAUCGAAGAAUUUCGUCGAGGAGAGCCGUCUGAAGGCCCUUUAAAUAUUGAUCGCACUCGUACACAUAUCUCUCCUGAUGGGCAAACUCGAACAACUACACAUUAUACACAUCACCGCAGCGAGUAUUGA